UGCUGCCAGCCCCUGCCGCUGAACAUUCCAAAGUGGCGGUGUGACCCCCCCACCCCCUACUGUUAGCAAGGGCUGCUUCCCUCUUGUAGCCCAACUGUUUUACAACCUCUGGAUGUCAAGUCAAGCACAGGAAUGAGAUUGUUCCCCACAACAGGUUGGUGUUUCCCUACCUCAGGGUUCAUUUCCAAACCGACCGCCUGAGCAAGACGGCUACCCUUCGCCUCCCUGUGAACAGGACAGACCACGUCCGGCUGAAUUGCGGCGCGGCGUUGCCAUGGACACGGAGUCCACCUACUCUGGCUAUUCCUACCACUCUGGGCGCUCACGGGGUUCCCAUCGGCACGGGGAGAGAAGCCGGGAUCGCCACAAGUCUCGCAGCAAAGACAGCCGCUCUGAAAAAUCAGUCACUAUUAACCCUGCUCCCGCUGAGCCACUGCUGGGUGACGCCGCUGUUCGAGGCGAGCAGGUCCAGGAUGACAACUGGGGCGAGACCACCACGGCUGUGACCGGCACAUCGGAGCACAGCCUCUCUCAGGAAGACAUUGUGCGCAUCACCAAAGACCUGGAGGAGAGUGUGGGGCUGGACUGCCGCCGCUAUUUUACGCUCACGCUCGCCGUCGUCCUGGGCCUCCUGGUCUUCCUCUCGCCGCUGGCCUUCCUGGUCCUCCCCCACCUCCUCUGGCCCGAGAAACUGCAGAGCUGCGGCACGGCCUGCGAAGGCCUCUUCAUCUCUGUGGCCUUCAAGCUGCUCAUCCUGCUGCUUGCCGUCUGGGCGCUCUUCUUCCGGCCGCCACGAGCCAGCCUCCCGCGCCUCUUUGUCUUCCGGGCGCUGCUUGCUGUUCUGGUGCUGCUCUUUGUGGUCUCCUAUUGGUUGUUCUAUGGCGUGAGGAUACUGGAUUCGCAGGAUGAAGACUACCAGGGGAUCGUGCAAUACGCCGUGUCGCUGGUGGACGCGCUGCUCUUCAUUCACUACCUGGCCAUCGUGCUGCUGGAGUUAAGGCAGCUUCGGCCCUACUACUCCGUGUGUGUCACGCGUUCCACAGACGGAGAGACCAGGCACUAUAACUUGGGACAACUCAGUAUUCAGCGGGCAGCACUGGCCGUAUUGGAGCGCUACUACUGUGACUUCGCCAUCCAUAACCCGGCUUUGCUCGCCGCCUCCAAGUCCCGCGCCGCCAAGCACCUGGCUGGUCUCAAAGUCUAUAACGUCGACGGGGACUUCCCCGCGGCCCCCGCCGAAGGUCCGGGGAACAACGCGGCCACAGGAAUGGCGCACUCGCAGUCCAGAGCCAUGAUUGCAGCCGCCGCCCAUUGCCGGGAUUCCAGCCACAACGAGCUCUACUACGAGGAGGCCGAGCACGAGAGGCGAGUGCGCAAACGGAGAGCCCGACUGGUGGUCGCCGUCGAAGAGGCCUUCACUCAUAUCAAGCACAUGAAGGAAGAGGAGCAGAAGAAAAUUCCGGGAGACGUGAUGGACCCGCGAGAGGCAGCGCAAGCCAUCUUCCCGUCCAUGGCGCGGACCCUCCAGAAGUAUUUGAGGACAACCAAACAGCAGCACUGCCACAGCAUGGAGAGCAUUCAACAGCACCUGGCUUUCUGCAUCAGCAACAACAUGUCACCCAAGGCCUUCCUGGAGAGUUACCUGAAACCAGGCCCGACUCUGCAGUACAGCCGGGACCACUGGUUGGCGAGUCAGUGGACUCUGGUCAGCGAGGCCUCAGUCACCAGCGGCCUUCGAGACGGCGCUGUCUUUGUCCUCAGGUGCGCGGACUUCAGCCUGGUGGUGUCCGUCAAGAAGAUCCCCUUUAUUCGCUUGUCAGAGGAGUACAUUGACCCCAAAUCCCACAAGUUUGUCCUGCGGUUACAAUCAGAGACCUCGGUGUAGGGGUUUUUGUAGGUCAUGUUUAUUUUUACUUGUCUUUUUUUUUUUUUUAUGGAUCUAUAUAUAUCACACACACCUUUUUUUUUUACGUUUGAGGAAUGUUAUUUUAGAUUUGGACAGAAAUAUGAAUGAUCACAUGUACAUAUGGAGAAAAAAAAAAUAUCUCGGAGGAUGUUCUGCAUGUGAUAAGCCUGAAUCAAGACUCGAUGGCAACGUUGGGACGUUUAAGGUCGCAAACUUCCCUUUCGAUUGGAUGGACUGGAUUUGGAUUUCUUUACUUCUCUCAAAUGACGAAAAAGUAUCCAUACAAGCCGACUCGUUUUGGAGUCGCAGUCCAGAGCCCAGUUACCGCUUCAGCACAUCUUCGGGACUCAUGUCCAUCCUGCCUGAGGACCAAGUUGGAUAGUUUCAGUUCAGGUGAGAAAAAAAACAAAAGUGAUUUAUGAUCACUGGAAUCGUGUGUUCAUGUCUCCCGGUCAGGGUUGUACGCUACCGCCACCUGGUGAACAUUGAACAGAACUACUGAGUGAUGAACGCUUUGUCGAUGCCAAUACACUGUAUCUGUUUGUGUGUACACAAACUGUAUGUAUGUAUGUACAGUAGAUAUGUUUACUCAUAUCGUCACCUUCCUAAAAUAAUGGCCCAUGUCAUUUUUAAUACCAAUUACUUGAUAUUUAUUAUCGAAGGAUGUCGUCUGUUUUAGCAGAGGCGACUAGGAUCACGAGGAGCUGUUGAAGGCAAAAAAAAAAGAAAGAAAAGUCAAAAUAUGACUUGUCCUAUUAUUUUCAGAAGGUCACGAUGUCACUCAUGACUCCUUUUCAUCACCAUUUGUCACGCCGUUGCCAGUUUACGGCCUUUGUGUGGGGGGGAGGAAAUUAAAACAUUUUUAUCAUCGUUUGUA